CCAGUCCUCAGUCAUCUUCACCUGAGGACGGCUGCUUGCGUUGUGGCCGAAACGUCGUGAGAAUAAUUUUAUUAUGUUUUAUUUUUAUUAUUUUUUAUUUUAUUAUUUCCCUUCUACGUGACUUUAUCGAAAGAACCAAGAAGAUGAAUCCCUGCAGUCACGAAAGCUUUAAAUCGAAAUUUAACAUUUUAUAUUCGUUAACAUAUCCCUACCCAAGAUGGCGGCGUCGAAGUCACAUGCUCGCCUCGCCCGGCGCAAUGGGCGACUUCACCGGCAUCAACACCGGCGAUCCCUCCUCCUCCAGCGGCACCAGCGUCGCCAAGCCCACGGCCGCCUCUCCGUCCGCUUGCUCCGGCGGCGACGCCGACGCCAACUCCCCGGGCCCGUCGUUCGCGGCGCUGCGCCCGUUCUGCGUGGCCGUGACUCGCUUCCCGUCGCGCGACACGCUCCGCUCCCUCGCCGGCGCCCUGAGCCGCGUGCCCGACCCGCACCUGCGCCGCCUGCUGGACUACGUGCUCUUUGCCCCGCGCCACGCUCUCCGGCGAGCCGACGCGGCCCAGCGGGGGGUGGGUCCCUCGUCGUCGUCGUCGUCGGCGCUGGACGCGGCGCUGGAGCACCUGCGCGUGGCCGCGGCCGAGUGCAUGUCGGCCGUCCUGGCGCGGGCCCCCGUCUCGGACGGACGUCUCCUGGGCGAGCUGCUCACCGAGUUGUGCGCGCUGUGCGACGAUCGCGGCAACGGCGGCGGCGGCGGCGGCAACUCCGAGGAGGUGAAGCUGGCGGCGUUGACGGCGCUCGCCGCGCUGCUCCGCUGCGCCGAGCCCGCCGCCGCGGCCGCCCUCUACGACGACGACGACGACGACGCCCGGCCGCGCCGCACGGGGGCGGCGCUUGCGCGGCUGGGCCACGCUGUGUCCACGCUGCUGGCGGUGGCCGAGGGGGAGGGGGAGCGAGCGCUCAGGCUGCUGGCGCUCGAGUGCCUCGCCGCCCUCUGGCUCCUGCCGCGCCGUGACGCCGCCCACGGUCCGCCGCGGCUGCCGCCGCGCUCUCCGUCCCGCCGCGGGCCCGCCGGGGAGACGCGUGCCAAGGGGGGCGGCGUGAGGGUCUUGUUUUCGCGGCUUGCGGUCGGUGGGGAGGAGGAGGUGGAGGAGGAGGUGGAGGAGGUGGUGGAGGAGGUGGUGGAGAAGGAGAAAGAGGAGGAGGAGGUGGAGGAAGAGGAGGAGGAAGGAAACGCGAUCGCGACGCGCAAAGCCUUCGACUCCCUCGCCUCCUUCCUGCCGGGCACGGCCACGGCGCUGUGCCGCAUCGUCACCACGUGCGGCGGUCGCGCCGCCACGCAGCCCGGCGCCGUCGCGGCGCUGGCAACGCGCCUCCUGGCCCACGCCGUGGCCCGCGCCGCGCCGGACGACCUCCUGACCCCCGACCCCCGCGAACCGGACCAAGCGGUCCAGGCGGUGGCGGCGCGGGGCGACGAGGGGGGAGGGGCCCCCCCCUCGCUGCUCGUGAGGAGGACCCCCGACUGGGCCCGGGCCACGGGGGAGAGGCUGGCGCCGCUGCUGCUGCGGCUGGGGCCCGUGGCGGCGGGGCACCGCGCCUGGCGCGUGCGCCUCGAGGCGGCGGCGCUGGCCGGGCGCUUGCUGCGGCGCUGUCGCCGCGUGCUGGGCGCCGACGCCGUGGCGGCGAUGUUGGACGUCGUGGUGGGGCUGUCGUGCGACGAGGACCAGAGGGUUCGAUCCGCCAGCUUCUCCGUCCUCCGGCGCCGCCGCCGUUCGCUCCUCGGCACGGCUCCCGGCGACGACCGGGCCGUGGAGGAAUCGGCGCUGGAGCGCGCCUUCUCCCUCUGUUCCUCGCUCCCUCGCCUCGCCCGCUCCGCCACCGCCGCCGACGACCUCAAGCUGGCCACGCUCUCGCGCCUGCUGGGCUACCUGCGCCUGCUGGGCCCGCGCGUCUCGGCCCUCCUGCGUUCCGCCCCGCACCUCUCCCGCCUCGCCCGGGCUCUCGUUCAGCUCCUCGCGCCCGACACGAGCCAGCAGGUCGUGGUGGAGGAGGGGGAAGUGGAGGAGGAGGAAGGAAGAGGAGGAGAAAGAGGCGAUGGCGAUGAAGCAGCCGCCGCCAUUGCCUCCCCGGAGCCGCCACCGGCGGGGGACGCAGACGUCGGCGGCCAUUUUGCGGCGAGAGGGGGCGUCGCCGCAGGCGGGCGAGCCCAUUGGCCGCUCGCCGGCUCUGCCCCCUCGGACUGGCCAAUCCCGGGCGGGCGGAGGAAGCGCUUCAGGGGCUUCUCGGACGAGCGAGUGCACGCCACGCUGCAGCAGAUCUGCCGCACGCUCGGGUUCUUCGGAGACCUCUACCUCCUCGUCGACACGUUCCUAGAGAUGUACCGAGAGUCCCGGCUGCAACGGGCCCCGGCUGCCAUGAUUCUCAACGAAGUGAUUGUGGGAGCCGCCGGGCGUGGGUUGGACCCCUGGGCGUAUUCCAGCGCUCGGUCUCUGCCGACCGCCCCAUCGGAAGAGGCGCCCGGCGAUUGGCGGUCGCGGUACAGCCAGGAGGAGCUGUUCUGGCUGGCGCGAGCCGUGGUGGAGGAGUACACCUCGCCGGCGAACUGGCGCUUGCCGACGGCGCGGCUGGGCAACUCGGCUGUGCCGGGAGACGCCGGCACCGGAGCUAUGUCGCUCGUUGUGCCGCUCGCCCCAGCGGUGGAGGGCGAGUGCACGCUGGAGGCGUUCAACGGCAACGCGUGGCAGCUGAGCGCGCAGCUGGAGGGCAUCGCCGGGUUUGCCGGUGUCCUGGGCCUUGACUUCAGGCCCAUGCUGGCCAUCGUGCUGUACCCCGUGCUGGAGAAGGUGGGAGGCGACGGCUUAGACACCCAGCCCGUGUGCUGCACGGCGCGCCGCGUGACGCGCCACGUGGCGCGUGCGUGUGGCUACGCUCGCCCCGGGCUCCUCGUGUCUCACAACUCGGACUACGUGGCGAGCGCCGUCACCAUCGCCCUGCGCCACCUGGGGGAGAGCGAGAGCGCGCCGCUGGUGCUUGCGGCGGUGCUGCGCUACGGGGAGGGUCCUGACGCGGUGCUGCAGGCCGCGGGCUCCGCACAGGAGCUGCUGUCCCUGGUGGACCGGCACCCGGCGACGCUGGCAAGGAGUGCCGCACCGGCGCUGCUCGCACUCGCCUGCGCCCUGGACAAGUGGUUUCCGGGCCCGCACACGGCGGCGUCCGAGCGGAGAAGGAGCGGCGACGGGGACGCGGGAGCCCGGCCGCGGGGCCCGCAGGGCCCGCCGGGGCCACCGGGGCCGCGCGGGGAGGAAGGCCGCUCGCCCUGCUCUCCUGAGGAGGUGGCGGAGUUUGUGCGCGACCACCACCGGCAGACGCAGCUCGCGGCCGGCAAUGUGGGGUCGGAGGAGGAGGUCGAUGCCGACGACGACGACACCGCCGGAGCGGAGUUGGGGGCCGGGUUAGGGGAGGGGACAGAGAAGGAGGAGGAGCUUAAGGAGAAGGGGGAGGAGCUGAAGGAGGAGGAGGAGGAUGCCGGCUACGACAAGAAGCCGGCGUUGCCGCCCCAGCUGGAGCUGUGCGGGGCGCUGCUGGAGCGGAGCGUGCACCUCCUGUCGCACCACGACGUCGCUGUGCGGCUCACGAUGCUGGAGGUGGUGCGGCUGGCGAUGGGCGUCCUGUCCGCGCGCGAGGAUUCCUGCCUGCCCAUGGCUCACCGCCUGUGGCCGGCGCUCGUCCAGAGGCUCACCGGCGACGAGUGGAGGGUCAUCCUCGCCGCAUUCAAGACGCUGGUGUCGCUGUCGCGCGUCUGCGGCGACUUCCUGCGCCGGCGCGUCUCCGGCGAGCUGCUGGGCCCCGUCGCCGCCUCGCUGGCGGCGAGGGCGCCUGUGAGCGCCGCCGCGGGGGCCGAGGGCCGCCGGCGGGGGGGGCCGGGGGGGCCGCCCCUGUACCCGCGGUCGCUCGCCUGCCGCCUGCAGGCCGCCGCUCUCGACAGCCUGGGGCCUCUGGCCGUCGUGCUGCGGCUCGACAAUGCGGAUCUGGACACGGUGGUGACUGCUGCCUUGCCCUACCUCAGCUGCCACCAGCCGAUGGUGCUGCAGGAGGCAGCGAUGGGGCUGCUGCGCAGCGUGAUGGCCGUGGACCCCGACCGAGUCUGGCUCAGCCUCUGCCAGCUGCACUGCCCCCACGACCUGCAGUCGCCCGGAGAAGGUUUUCGCCCGGUCCAGUUCGCACGAAGCGCCUCCACCUCCUCCACCUCCUCUACCUCCACCUCCUCCACCUCCUCCACCUCCUCCUCCUCCGCCCCCUCCUCCUCCUCCUCCACCUCCUCCUCCUCCGCCCCCUCCUCCGCCCCCUCCUCCUCCACCUCCACCUCCUCCUCCCCCUCCUCCUCCACCCCCUCCUCCUCCUCCUCCUCCACCUCCUCCUCCUCCGCCCCCUCCUCCGCCCCCUCCUCCUCCACCUCCUCCUCCUCCACCUCCUCCUCCUCCGCCCCCUCCUCCGCCCCCUCCUCCUCCACCUCCUCCUCCUCGGAGGGGGCAGAGUUCGCGGGGAACGUCCGCUCCUUGCUGGCCCUCGUGGACGACGAACCGUCGUGACGCUGGGCCCGAUCACCCACCCACCCCUCCCCCCUCCCCACCGCAGAAGACUGUUGACCUGCCCCCCUCCCCCCCACCACCCCACCUCCGUGAAGUUGGUGGAGGUGGGGGGGGGUCACCGUGGCCGUAGAGCUUGACCCGCAGGUCAGAAGGUCACUGGCCUCAUCGCCAGGUCAGAAGGUCGUUGGCUCAGCCCCUGGUCGCCACGGUUACGUAGCCAACCGCGCGAAUCGGAGGUACGGACAAUAAACUAUGGAUCUUUGUGUGAGUC